AAUUGUAGUUUUGACAAUUAUAUUUUUAAUUUUUAUUUUUCACUCAUAGUUUUUCAUUUUCACUGUUUGUUGAAAAUGAAAGAUUCCCACAUCCCAAGAUGUUUAAAUUAAAACUGAAUGAAAUAAUAAGAACCCAAAAAUAUCUAUCAACAAUAUAUUCCAACUGAGAUGGUCGCCGGGAAUAUCGCUAGAGCUUUCUGUGGCUUCCUCUUUAGUCAAGUCCAGUGUGCUGCUAUCGGGAAAGAUAAUGGUUUCGGGAGUGAAUACGUUUGGGCGGGCUCCUUGGAGUCGGGGGUGCAAAUAGCAACGCAUCAUAAGAAGCCAGUUAUGGUCAUAAUACACAAGUCGUGGUGCUCCGCAUGUAAAAAUCUAAAGCCAAAGUUCGCCAAUUCCACAGAAAUUAAAUCACUCAGCAGACACUUCGUGAUGGUUAAUCUGAUAGAUGAGGAAGAACCUAAAAACAACAAAUUCUCUCCAGACGGAAGUUACAUACCGAGGAUCCUCUUCAUAUCCCCGGCUGGACGAGUAGACCACGAGAUAUUCAAUGAGGACGGAAGUAGUCAACACAAAUACUUUUAUAGCAGACCGGAACAGAUCGCCAAGUCGAUGAAGAAGGUCCUCGACAAGUACAGGCAACAACAAUUUGAUGUUUAAUACUGAGAAACUUUCAAACAAUAUCUGUUUUCAGGAUAAACAAAUAGCAAGUCCGAGACAUAAACUCCUUGUCAUAAAAUUCAAAUCUGUGUCACUUCACGCAAAUAAACAUAACUUAUCUAAAAUAAGACCAAACUAA